ACCUGCCAUAAAACCAAAAGAAGAAGAAGGAAACGCAAUAGCAGCCAACUGUAAAAUGUUGAAGGGGCUGCUUCAUCCAAAAGUAGGACUAACAAACACUAUCAAACCUGUGUGCCAAAAUGGAGAAUGUAAAAGAAGACCGUGAGGACACGAUCGAUUCAGACCGAUGCAAAUUGAAAAAUGAAGAUACUGAGGAACAAACAGACCUGGUGGGGCUGAAAGAUGAAAGUGAUGAACUGAAUGGAGUGGAGGAGACCCAUCAGUAUCAGAAAAAUCAUGAUUUAAAAAUGGAAGAAAUAUCUUCUGGUUGCUCGGAAAUGACAAAUACAGAGCAAAGGACGAACACAAAAAAAUCUUUUACUUGCCCUCAUUGUGAAGAUGUUUUUGCAUUGAAAAGUGACUUUGAUUUGCAUGUAAAAAUCCAUACUGGAGAAAAGACGUUCACAUGCCCUCAGUGUGAAGAGGGCUUUGCUUUGAAAACAGACUUUGAGCUGCACAUAAGAGUCCACACUGGAGAAAAGAUUUUCACCUGCCCUCAGUGUGGAGAACAUUUCUUGUACAAAGGACAUCUUGCACGUCACAUAAGAACUCACAUUAAAGGAGGAUGCCUAUACCCAUGUGUUCAGUGUGGAAAGAGAUUUAAACAGAGAAGUCUGCUUAAUGACCACAUGAAAAUUCACUCUGAAGAGCGUCCGUACACGUGUGUUCAGUGUGGAAAGAGUUUUAAACAGAGGGGUCCGCUUCAUGUCCACAUGAAAAUUCACUCUGAAGAGCGUCCGUACACGUGUGUUCAGUGUGGAAAGAGUUUUAAACAGAGGGGUCCGCUUCAUGUCCACAUGAAAAUUCACUCCGAAGAGCGCCCAUACCCGUGUCUUCAGUGUGGAAAGAGAUUUAAACUGAGUAGGAUGCUUAAAAACCACAGGAAAAUUCACUCUGAAGAGCGCCCGUACACGUGUCUUCAGUGUGGAAAGAGUUUUAAGCAGAGUGGUCCACUUCAUGUCCACAUGAAAAUUCACUCUGGAAAGCGCCCAUUCCCGUGUCCUCAGUGUGGAAAGAGUUUUAUACAGAGUGAUGCACUUAAAAACCACAUGAGAAUUCACACUGGAGAGCGCCCGUACCCGUGUCCUCAGUGUGGAAAGAGUUUUAGACAAAGUGGUGCGCUCAAUGAACACAUGAGAAUUCACUCUGGAGAGCGCCCAUACUCAUGUGUUCAAUGUGGAAAGACUUUUAGACGGAGAAAUAUGCUGAAUGACCACAUGAGAAUUCACACUGGAGAGCGUCCAUACACGUGUGUUCAGUGUGGAAAGAGUUUUAGUGAGAAUGGUGCGCUUAAUGAACACAUGAAAAUUCACUCUGAAGAGCGUCCAUUCACCUGUGCUCAGUGUGGAAGGAGUUUUAGACGGAGAAAUAUGCUGAAUGACCACAGGAAAAUUCACUCUGAAGAGCGCCCAUACACGUGUGUUCAGUGUGGAAAGAGUUUUAAACAGAGUAGUAUGCUUAAUGACCACGUGAAAAUUCACUCUGAAGAGCGCCCGUACACGUGUGUUCAGUGUGGAAAGAGUUUUAAACAGAGGGGUCCGCUUCAUGUCCACAUGAAAAUUCACUCUGAAGAGCGUCCGUACCCGUGUCCUCAGUGUGGAAAGAGUUUUAAACAGGGUGAUACACUUAAAAACCACAUGAGAAUUCACACUGGAGAGCGCCCAUACCCGUGUCCUCAGUGUGGAAAGAGCUUUCGAAGGAGUAGUGCGCUUAUUGUCCACAAGAGAAUUCACACUGGAGAGUGCCCCUACACAUGUCCUCAGUGUGGAAAGAGCUUUAGACAAAGUGGUGCACUUAAUGAACACAUUAGAAUUCACUCUGGAGAGCGCCCAUACGCCUGUGUUUAAUGUGGAAAGAGCUUUAGAAAGAAUUAUAAUCUUUAUGACCACAUGAAAAUCCACCCUGGAGGGAGUCCAUACCAUGUGUUCAGUGUGGGAAAAGUUUCGCAAACCUAAGUCAUUUUAGGAUCCACAUGAGAAUUCACACUGGAGAGCGACCAUGCCGUCUGAUCGAAAAAGAAAGCUGGCAUGGUGACAAAAAAAAUUCAUAAAGAUUCUUGUGAGGUUUACAGCAUAAACUACAUGGUUGAACCCAUGGUUCCCAGACCUUCAAUAUGUACUCACACUCUGGAGAACGGCCAUUUGUCUGUCAAAACAUGUGUUUUUCCAUCACAAGUAAAUAAACGCAGCGAAAAUAAUGCAAAUGUAGAGCCUUUUUUGUGGAAAAAGCUUUUCAUUGCUUGGCAACGUAACUGUAACAUUUUAAGCCCCCAUUAAAUGUUACGACCCCAGGCGUUUAACAUUUAAUGGGGGCUCGUCCGGGAUCAAAAUGAACAGGUUCCCGGAUAUAUUUUUGAAUACAUUCCCCUGGGUGUGUGUUCUCCGGUGGCAUCCGACAUUUUGUUUUGGCAUUUGUUUUGGCCGGUUGUUGGUGGUCUGCUUGUUUAUGCCGCGUUGUGCGUUAGUGUGGCUGUGUUUGUCAGGCAUUAUGGCACUGUUUAAUUUACAGGAUUUUAUUAACAACCCUACUGUGGAACAGAUUGGUUUGUGCAGAAAACCAGAACUUGUAAUACUAGCUGAGCAUUAUCAGAUUUCUCUGGGCAAACAAAUGCGAAAACCUGAAAUGAAAAGUGUUAUUUUACAACGCUUGGUUGAAUUAAAUGUUCUGCCUGCGUCAGGUGAUGAGGAUAUUGAGGCUGCCGAUCUAGUGUUGGGCAUACAGUAGCAGUGCCGAGAGGAGGAGGACGAACAGGGUAGUACCGCUGGUGGUGAAGCAGAGGCCGAUGCCAAGCCCAGCUUGUUGCCCUUUGAGACAUUCUCUCUUGGGUCCGUGGACUCAAGAGUGGAGGCAUGGCUAAAAGUCAGUUUUAAGUGAAAGUGACCCAUAACCUAAAUGUGACCUCUGCAUUAAACCCAUCCAGUGAGUAGUGAACACACACACACACCCGGAGCAGUGGGCAGCUAUCACUGCAGGGGUUAGGUGCCUUGCUCAAGGGCACGUCAGUCGUUACCUUCUGGCCCUGAGAAUCGAACCGGUCACCUUCUGGUUACAGGUCCGACUCUCUAACCACUAGGUCACCACUUCCCCCUGGAGUGAACAUUGUGUGCCUUUUUAUGUCUUUUAGUUCUUUUGUUUCACCAGUCUUGUCCCACAACAUACUUGUUUGUUCAUUGGUAUUCUCUUGUCCUUGUUUUGUUCAUUGGAUGUUGUUGGUGUCUCGUUUUCCCUGUGUACCGGGGAAAAAGCAGACAGGUAAGAGGUCGUGCGACAUACAGUGUGCACACGUAGGUUUGUAUCAUCUUUUGUAUAAGACACACUAGUUUAGGAGUGAGUGCCACCCCAUGUAUGUUUUAUGUGGACUAGUUAGUGUAGCUUAAAUAAGGCAUUAGUACGCUGAACUUUUGUUUAAUUUAUUAUUAGCUUAGAUUAGAGGGCAUUAAAAUAAGUUAGUUUCCCCUGUUUUGUUAUUUUCUUUCAUUUGGCACCACUCUCGUCCCUUUUCCCUUGGUCUUGUGUUUUUCGUUUCUUGUUGUUGUAUAUAUAUUGUAAAUAGCCACACCUUUUCUUAUUAUUGGCAUCCUUCUUUAUUAAUAAUAUUAUUUCGUUAUUAUUAUCAUUUUUGCAACAAUAUUAUUAUAUUCUUUACACAUUGUUACUUGCACCUUUGUAUUU